CGCUAUCAUUGAGUCCAUACUUCACAACACAUAUGAGAAUGAAAUUAAGAAAAUGUUUACACAAUUACACAUGAAUUCAACAUUUGCUGAGAGACGAGAAAUGAUUGUUAAACACAGACCACAAUACUAUCAAUUAUCAAACCAAACAUCCGGGACAUUGCAAAAGUCUGAUAUAAUCGAUGAAUUGAUUUCAUACGAGGGUUCGUGGCCCGCAGGGGGUAUCAUAUCAACGGCUGACAAUAUGUUACGGUUUGCAAAUGCUAUGCUAUCUGCAUAUCAUGGCAAUGAUCAAGUACAGGAGUUGUGGACACCGGAAACCAUUGGCAAAAUUAAACCCGAUUGGAUGAGCGAUAAUGAAUAUGCAAAGGGUUGGCAAGUUAUUCACUACCCGGAUGACCUACCCUACCCCUAUAAGACCCUAAUUUGGCAUGAUGGAGGACUGACCGGUGUAUCAACUCAUCUGACAUUAUUUCCCAAAGAAAAUAUGGUAGGACUGACGUCGUCCGCAGUUUCGUAA